UGUCAAAACGUAACGCUUGCUGCGAAAAGGCUUUUGUUCGUGUUUAUUUUUCUACGCAAUUUUUUCACUCAACUCGCGAAACAGUUCCGUACCACACGCAAGAAUCUGCGACAAAAAUUCCAAAAAUCGUAUCAAAUUCAGUUGCACCAACCAGUGAAACGUUCAGAAAUCAGUAGGGCAGAACGCUAAAAAUGAUCCCGAAAAGCCAUCUGGAGGUGGGAGUUAGGAUCCGGAUUGGACAGCACUCGGGAACGAUCCGUUACGUUGGAGAGGUGGCCAACACCGAGGGCGAAUGGGUUGGCGUCGAAUGGGACGAUCCCCAGCGGGGCAAACAUUCCGGAACGGUCAACGGGGUCGAGUACUUCCAAACGAGGCAACAAAACGCCGGCACAAUGAUCCGCAGCGAAAAGGUGCCCACGUUCUGGACCCUGCUUGAGGCCAUCAAUGACAAAUAUAUCGUGACGGAGGAUUCGAUCCGCAUGGAUGCCGAGAUAUUGAAAGAGGUCCAGAAACAGUUGCAUGCAUCGUUGUUUGAGGUGGUUGGAAUGGAGAAAAUUGGUGGAAAGCAGAGUAAUCUGAAUCAUCUGGUGGACGUAUCGGUGGCCUGUUCACCGGUCAACUCUGCCGGGGAUUUGUCCUGCUUUAAAAGUCUGCACUCUUUGGAUGUUUCGGCCACCUUGCUUUGGAAUUGGAAGAUUGUCGGAGACAUAAUGGCCCAGAUACCGACACUGCAGGAAGUGAAUCUCUCCAACAAUCGACUGAUCAGCCCAAGUGAUGAUGAAAUUUGUUCAUUGGUAACCAAAUUCCACAGUCUACGGAAGCUUAUACUGAAGAAAUGUGCGCUAAGCUCCUGGUCGGAAUUGGUUCGACUGGCGAGGAUGUGGCCCCUGAUAGAAAGUCUCUCCCUGGAAGAUAAUGAAAUGUCGAUGAUAACGGAAGAAAGCUACGAACUGGUACUGACGAAAUUAAAAAGUUUGGAUCUUCAGAACAACCAAAUUUCAAGCUCGUCCUCGAUUUUGGCCCUUGGCAUGUUACCGGAACUGCAGGAACUUUCGCUAAAUGGAAAUGGAAUACGUCAGAUAACAUUCCCGGAUUGUCCCCACACCGAAAAGAUUGCCCUGUUUCCCAAGCUGCAGACAUUAUACCUACGUGAAAAUCCGAUCGUCGAUCAGUGUGGGACCUUCAACGAGCUGGAUAAGCUUGCGCAGCUGCAACAUCUAACGAUCGAUCCAGAUCCGAGCGUUAGCUACGAGGAAACGGUUUCGCGAGUGGUCGGAUCCAUCGGAAGGUUGCGAAUGUUCAACCGGUCCACGGUUUCGGAUAAGCUGCGACGCGAUUCCGAGUGCGACAUGUGGAAGCUGUAUGCCGUUCAGUGGGCCGCAGUUCGAAACGACGCCCAGCAGCUGAAAGCGUUCUUCAAGUCGCACCGAAUGUACCCGAGGGUUAUGGAGAGGCUUGGAAGUCCGGAGCAAUUUUUACCAUCCACUCGCACUGUUUCAAACAUGUUGAAUUUGUACCUGCUACAUGAACGUACCGGGGAGAUGCGCCAAAAAAAGGUUCCCAAAAGAAUCAACCUGCAAACGUUAGAAAACUUGAUUGUUAAAUUGUUCGGGCACCCAGCUGGCGGUUAUUCCGAGCUCGAUGGUCCGCUGCAGCUGAAGCUGCUCGAUCGCAAACGGGACGUUCGGAUUCCGUUGGAUAACCAUGGUAAAAGUUUGGAUUUCUACUCGGUCGAAGAUCAGGACACGAUUGUGUUUUAAAGAAAGAAAGCUUUCGUGAUAUUUAUUUAUUAUCUCACAUUCAAGAGAUUUGACUUGAUUUUUCUUAACAAAAAAAAAUGUCGUGGCUUGUAGCACUUUUCCGCUCGCAGUUUCACGCUUUCUCCACGAGAGAAGCUUGCAGCGCGCCUGGAUUUAUUUUGAACGACUAGCUAACAUGGAUGUUUUUGAUGAAACACACGAAAUCGUUUACUUCACAAACAAAAUUUAUAAAUAGAGCAAAAAUGCCGAUUUGGUUAAUUUUUGUGGUACAAAAAUUGAACUAACAAAGGAAAAACGAGACCAAUCGUACUAAAAAUUGUGUUAAAU